GCCGGCAGCGCAGCCAUGGUGGGCCCGGGCGGCGGCGUGCCGCUGGAGAACGCCAAUCCGCUCAUCUACCGCCGCUCGGGGGAGCGGCCCGUGACGGCGCGGGAGGAGGACGACGAGCUGCCCGACUCCAUCGACGACCGGGAGAUCUUUGAUCUCAUCCGCUCCAUUAACGACCCCGAGCAUCCCCUGACCCUGGAGGAGCUGAAUGUCGUCGAGCAAGUUCGAGUUAAAGUGAACGAUGCCGAGAGCACUGUGGCGGUGGAGUUCACACCCACGAUCCCGCACUGCAGCAUGGCAACGCUAAUCGGCCUGUCCAUAAAAGUGAAACUGAUCAGAUCACUGCCUGAGAGGUUUAAGAUGGAUGUUCAUAUAACACCAGGGACGCAUGCCUCUGAACACGCAGUUAAUAAACAGCUUGCUGAUAAAGAACGUGUAGCAGCUGCUUUGGAAAACUCUCACUUAUUGGAAGUGGUGAAUCAGUGUUUGUCUGCUCGAUCAUAAUUGCCUGAUCAGGAAACCAUUGGUAUUCUGCUGUAUUAAUUCUGUACAUAAGUGGUGUUGCUAGUGUUACAUGUAUCUACGAGCAAAAUAAAACUACCUUUAAGAAGUGUUCCAUUACUUCUUCAAAAAAAGGAAAAGUAGUAUGGAGAAAAUUAGCUUGCUGGUAGCUAUAAAGCUAGAAUGUAAACUGGCUUUUUCUGUUUGUUAAUUAUUGCACUGGUGGGAUUUUUUUCUGAACUUUUAAAAAAAGAUUUGGUUGAACUUGUUUUUAACAGGUUUCUUACUAUCUACAGACUAGUUAUAAACUGCAUUUUAGAAGUGGAUUUUGCGCACUGGAUUUCACAAGUAUACCAAGUUAAGUGGUAGUUAAAAUGUUAUACUCAUAUGAUUAUUUUGGACUAAUUCAGUUUUUCCUUCAAACGUCAACAUUUUUUACAAAUUCCUUUGUGCCGAAUUGUAAAACAUUUGCAGCAAUAAAUGUAAACAAUUUUAUAUCA